UUUCUGUUUCCUGGGUUCAUUUUUGCUUUACUUUAAGGUGGAACGUGGCACUAAUGAAGCUUCAAACAAGAGAAAUUAAGACCAAGAUUAAUCAUUAUUUAAAUCCCGGUUGAGUACUAAAAGCUUUUUAAACAAACGGCCUGAACCCUAUGUAAGAUAACAUACUUAUAGCAAGAUCUCCCUGAGAGAUUUUUAAACCAUCUUUUUGUUAAUUAAGAAUACCUGACUGUUUAAUCUUUAAUGGACAAAAAUAGAAAUAGAUUUAAAUUUUGCAAGGCUGUUUUUGGAACCCUUCAAAGGCUUAUUCACCGAUUGUUUGCAUUCACUGCAGAAAAUUUAUCAUCUUAAACUUGACUUAUUAAAAUCCAGAAAAGGGAAAACAUCACUGACAUACUUCUGAAGACUAUGGACGACUUUGCUUUUCAAGUGAACAGUAACCUUGGUAACUCAACCAGUAAAUCGGAGUUAUUAUCAAGAAACAUUGCUCUUAGAGUUGAUCGCUGGAACCCAAAACAUGAGUUGAAGGUUGACUUCGCUCAAUAUGGCGCAACAAUCCUUGUUCCUGGCUCAGCGAUCUCGGACACAAUAGAAACUCGCAUGUCCACCAUUGCCUACAGAACACUUAAAAAUGUCCUUAGGCUUCCAGUCGAUGGACCCAGUAAUAAUCAGAGCGCCGGAAGUAGGCUUCGGAGAAGUGGUACAAGCAUUGUUUCUUUCACUAUUCAUGAUCGUGUAUCUGGUUCCCUGAAUAAACCUAUCAAGCUGGCUUUUAAUCACAAUAACAAGCGUUCUGAUUUGAUUGGACAGUGCGUUUUCUGGGAGAUCGACCAAUCGCAG